CGUCAGACGGCAUGAAAAUGAUAUUAUGGCCAGAACAGCUGAUCGCCGGUUUCUCCUCCACCUUCUUCCCUUCUCCUUAAACCCUCCCCUCUCCUCUCCGACCUUGUUAGGGUUUUAGUCUCCGAGACCUUCCCCUUCCGCCAUGGCCGCCCUCCUCCGCCGCGCCCUCCGCCCUCCGUUUGGUCGCCGCUUCUUCUCGUCCCAACCGUUCUCUCCGCCUCCCAACGCUCCCCGCCGCCGCGUCGUGGUCACAGGUCUGGGGAUGGUCACGCCGCUUGGGUGCGGGGUGGAGCGCACGUGGAGCCGGCUGGUAGCGGGGCAAUGCGGGAUCCGGGCGCUCGUGCCCUCUGAUCUCAAGAUGGACGGCUUCGAUGAAGCAACGGUGAUGCACACCUACGAGCAGCUCGCGUCCAAGGUCGCCGCCAUCGUGCCCUCCGGCAAAGAGGGCGGAGAGUUCGAUGAGGAACAAUGGCUUCAGUCCAAGGACCAUAGAUCCAUAGCAAGAUUUAUAGCAUAUGCACUAUGUUCAAGUGACGAGGCUCUUAGAGAUGCAAACUGGCUGCCAAUUGAGUUUGAAAAGAAGGAAAGAACGGGUGUUUCCAUCGGUGGGGGGAUUGGAAGCAUUUCUGACAUUUUAGAUGCAGCACAAAUGAUCUGUGAGAAGCGUUUACGUAGGCUUAGUCCGUUCUUCAUACCUAGAAUAUUAAUCAACAUGACAUCAGGUCAUGUCAGCAUGAAAUAUGGAUUCCAGGGUCCCAAUCAUGCUGCUGUGACAGCUUGUGCCACAGGGGCGCAUUCUAUUGGGGAUGCUACAAGGAUGAUUCAAUUUGGAGAUGCAGAUGUUAUGAUAGCAGGAGGAACAGAGUCUAGUAUUGAUGCUUUAUCAAUAGCUGGAUUCUGUAGGUCAAGAGCAUUGACUACGAAGUAUAACUUUCUUCCGCAUGCAUCUUCUCGGCCCUUUGAUUGCAAAAGAGAUGGAUUUGUGAUGGGCGAAGGCUGUGGAGUGAUGGUGUUGGAGGAACUUGAUCAUGCAAAGGAACGAGGAGCAAGAAUUUAUGCAGAGCUUCGAGGUUAUGGGAUGUCAGGUGAUGCCUAUCACAUAACUCAGCCACACAAUGAAGGAAGGGGUGCUAUUUUGGCAAUGACACGUGCAAUAGAACAGUCAGGGCUUCAUCCAAAUGAAGUAGAUUAUGUGAAUGCUCAUGCAACAUCAACACCUCUUGGUGAUGCUGUAGAAGCCAGUGCAAUAAAAUCUCUAUUCUUAGAUCAUGCAACAUCAGGUGCUUUAGCACUGUCCUCCACAAAGGGGGCAACUGGUCAUCUACUAGGAGCAGCUGGGUCUGUGGAAGCAAUCUUUGCUGUUCUUGCCAUCCACCAUGGAAUUGCUCCACCAACACUUAAUCUAGAUGAACCAGACCCAGUUUUUAAUGGUGCAUACAUGCCAUUAAGUGCUUCAAAGAAGAUGCAAAUAAGAGCUGCGCUCUCGAAUUCUUUUGGCUUUGGUGGAACCAAUGCGUCCUUGCUGUUUAUUCAACCUCCAUAGCAUCACUGCCUAAGGCCAUGAGUUAAAAAUUCUUUUCAAAUCAUUAAUAAUUAUUCCUGCUGCCGUAUGGAUGACACAGUUGUAGGAGUGCGGGAAUGCUGCCUUACAAUAUACUGGUGAUUGAGCUCUGAGUGGCUGGAGCUUAUGUCCAGGUUUCACAAUGACCCUCUCAAGAUCAGGAUUAAAGGAAUGUAAUUUCUUAUAAAACGAGAUGUUCUUACCUUUGAGAAUUUAUUAAUUUAUUUCUGAUUUAUCCUCAGAAAAUCUGUAUUUUCUUUCAAAAUGUUGGCUGUAUUCUGAGCUGUAAAAUUUUGACUGGAGGUUUUUGUUUGUAUAAUAAAAAUCUUUUGUCC